AUGACUCAACAGUUUCAGAGUCCGUUUGAUACGGUUCCUUGGACACUUCAGCCUGGUUCGAGCAUUCGCAACUUCAAUGUCCGUAUCGGUUCGACUCAAUGCUUCGACAUUAGUCAUGACUACGAUUUCCACCAAUUCACAAACGAGUUCGCUAAAAUUGCUGCGAUUAAUGGUGAUCUGACCCCUGAGCUUCUGAAUGGACUGCUUGACUAUCAGACGUGGUCUCUAACUAACCGCAUCCUUAUCGCUGACGUUAGCCGCCUGACGGAGCGUGAUGUACCUCAGGCUAUUCAGAUCCAGGGUACAAACGCUGGUUGCCAGGGAACAAACAUGCUUGUUUUGGUUGUGAGCGAACAAGAGCUCUCCUACGAUCGUCUAACGGGAGAGGUUUUAGAUUUUACCACGGCUUAG